AGCUGAGUAAUGUUACAGACGUCCGAAGUUCAGUCUGCAGGAAUAGAAACUGAAACAAACGUAAGACUAAUAAAAGGAUACCCAUCACCCAAGAUGCGACAGACAAAUCUAGAAAUAUCCAUGGCUGCUGUCCCUGACAGAGGUCCUGCCAUGGGAGAGAACAACCAAGGGUGGAAGAUACAUCCGGAUGACUUCAUAGGAAAUUAUUUGCCUGACCAACAUCCAAAUGUGGUGUACCUGCUGUAUGAAAUCAGGUGGAGCACAGGUACCAUCUGGAGGAAUUGGUGCUCAAACAAUUUUGCGCAACAUGCGGAAGUCAACUUCUUGGAAAAUUGUUUCAAGGCCAUGCCAUCAGUUGCUUGCUCCAUCACCUGGUUCCUAUCUACUACCCCCUGUGGGAGAUGCUCCAGCAGAAUUCUGGAGUUCCUGAAGGCACAUCCCAAUGUGACCUUGGAAAUAUACGCAGCCAAGGUGUUUAGGCCCCUGGAUAUGCGUAACCGGAAAGGUCUCAAGAACCUGGCAAUGAAUGGAGUCAUCAUACGUAUCAUGAAUCGUGCAGAUUACAGUUACUGCUGGGAAAGAUUUGUUGCACACCAACAUGGAGAAGAUGGUUAUUGGCCCUGGAGAUUCACUUCAUACAUCUGGCUGAACUGCAUAGAGCUCUAUCAUAUCCUUUUGGGGCUUCCUCCGUUGCUUUGAAUACUAACAAGCAUCAGCAGCAUGCUUUCAAACUCACUUUGUGAGUUAGCAUUAUUUACAAGACUGGAAAAGACAGUCCCUGGGAGUCUUCCCCACUACAGCUUCACACUGUCACCAGAGAAGACUCUUUUCAUUGGCAUUACUAAAUAUUGGACACAGCAGAAGGAGCACAUGAGAAACCACCAGAAAGUUUGGAUAAUGCAUCCAGGCAGCCAGGACACAGUGCUCUGGGUCUUUACAAGGCUUCCUGAGAGUCCAAUGGGGAUAGGGACCAUGCCCCACAGUCAGACCUCUCACGUCUGCUGAUUCUGCAAUCAGAUUCUGUCAGUACCCUCUUGAGAUGCCAGUGAGUAACGUUUUUCCUGCUCUGGUCUGUUCCAAAGAAGUAAUCAGAGCUAUGCAUUCUGGUUUUGAGAAUUGCUUAUGAAGAUCACUUUUACGGCUAUGUGUGUAUGUUUCAGAAAACACUUCAUGCUGUUAGUAUUUGUGUAAUAUUGUUAUUAUA